AUGGCUCACAAUCACCGUCAUUAUGGGGCAUACGAUGUAUAUCAAGGAAGACAACAGGGAAGAAAUUCACUUCACGAACCUUAUGUUAAGGAGGCCAUAAGAGAGUUGAAAUACGUAGUAGAAUGCCGUAUUUGCACAGAAAUGAUCGAAAACAAACACUUUCUCAAACACGUGAAAGAUUGCGCUCAAAAAUUUAACGCCAGUUUCUACAAAGAAGAAAUGAUUGACAGUCUAUUCCGAGCAUCCAGAUUUUCAACAAAUCAAAGUCUCGCUCUCCUUCGCGAAAAAAUGGAAAUAGCCUAUUUUGAAGCAACACUUGACAAAGGAAAAAUGACUAUGCUGCACUGUACAUUAUGUCCGACGCUCCAAUACCACUUGGAUGGAGGAUGCAUUGAAGACAAUCAGAGAGAGGCUUUCAAGGAAGCGGGUGGACAGAUUGUUCAAAAGCAACUCUCUCAUUUUUGGGAGGCUUGCCAUCAUGAGAUGCAAGUAGGCCUUCAAGAAAUUGAGGACAGCUUUGAAGACACGACCAAAGAUUUGUUUGACGAACCAUCUCUUAGUCCACUCAUGGAUCUUCAAAGGAUUGAAAUCUUAGCCGAAAUCGACAGAAACAAUGCUAAAGAAAUUCAGAAACAGAAAGAUAAAUAUACUGCUAAAAAAACGGAGGAGACCAGAAGACAAUGUAACCAAUUCCGAGAUCUUGCUUACAAAAUGUACCUGCACUACUGGGAGGAGAUGUUUCCAAUGAACCACCAGCAAAUAAUCGACAUUCUUGAAUAUCGCCAGGCGAUAAUGGCCCGACGUGAAGAAGCAAGAUAUUUGAUCCCGUUUUUUCCUGGUUACGUACAAGAUACGCAGGAGUCCUACAUCAGACGUGCAAAAAGAGAUCAUAAUGAGGAGAUAGCGUGUCCGAUUUGCCGAGACGCUGUUCUAAGAAAACACUUCCUCAAAGAGCACUUGGACAAGUGUGCAGAAGAAAAAAGAGCCACUGAAAUGCAGAAAGACUAUGCUCAAAACUGGUUUCAGUCAUCGGACUACUUCAUCAAUCAUGAAGCUUCUCUUCUGAGGGAAAAAUUGGAGAUCGCUUUCAUGGAAUCUUUGGUCGAUGGUAAAUUGACACGCGUGGCCUGUGCACUAUGCGAUACUCUUGAACAACACGUUGGUGGAGGAUGUCUCGACGAUUAUCAGAAACACGCUUUUAAAGAAACAACAAAUCAAAAGAAAGGAGUAAUGUUGCUUAAAUACCGCCAAGUGCUUCAGUGGGAUGUGGAGAUUGGCUUGGAGGAAAUCAGCAAAAAAUACGAGAUAGAAGUGGAUGAUUUAAUCGAAGAACCAACUGGAGAUUGGUUUGUGGAUCAACAAAACGAGAGAAGAAUCGGUGAUAUUCUCCUUGCAUCAUAUGAUCAAAAGAUCAUAGAGCAGAGGAGAUUCAUGCAGUAUAAAAUGGACAAUUUCCGAGCCUGGUUAGAUCAUAAAUGGCAGCACGCGGAGAAUGUGUACAAUCAUCAUAUGAUCAAAAUGGGCGAAUAUCUCCAAACGGUUAGAGGAAAACCAAAUAUUGUUGAAAUUUUGGAAAGCAGAAAACGUGGAAUGUUGGAUGAUAAGGUGGAAAAAGAAUACGAAAUGUGGGCAAAAGAGGAGGCAGAGAACGCUGCUAACGCUGCAAAUAAUUCUUGA